AUGGCAACUAAACUACGAUCAAUCCAGAAGGGGCACAAGGGUGCAGUUACACGACUUUUGUCAAAAUUUGAGAUGAUUCAGCAAGAAGCAGUUGAUUUGGAAGAGUUGCAGACGAUAGAAGAUUCUCUGAGGCAGAAACAGCAGACGAUCACCGAGAUCCAUGAGAAAAUUAUAGAUGUCAUUCCAGAAGAUGACGGGGAACAAAUCGAGACGGAGAUACUGGAUCAUAAUGAGUACAUCUAUAAUUUACAGACAAAGAUACAGAAAGUAGCAAGUUUCAAAAAGAACCACACCAACAGCUCUGUAUACCAUAGACUACCGAUACUAGAUUUACCGCGGUUCGAUGGCAACAUUCUUGACUGGCAGUCAUUCUGGGACUCAUACGAGUCGGCUAUUCACACGAACCCUUCACUCAGUGGUGUACAAAAAUUCAACUACCUGAAGUCGUCUCUGAGGGGAGAAGCUGGACAAACAAUUGCAGGUUUUGCGUUAACUAAUGCUAACUAUGACAAGGCAGUGUCGUUAUUACACGAAAGGUAUGGACAGAAAGACAGAAUCAUACAGACCUAUAUGAGAGCUUUGCUUGAGGUUCCCGCUCCCGUGAACACCGUUACCAGUCUGAAAAAGUUCUACGAUACUACAGAAACAUACAUACGGGGACUUGAUUCACUUAACCAGUGUGAGAGCACAUAUGGAUCUCUUCUCACUCCCAUCAUCCUUCAGAAAUUACCACCGGAAGUCAGAACAAACAUUACACGUGCGCACGGAACAUUAUCUUGGUGUUUGAAUGAAUUAAUGAAGUGUCCCAUAAAUGAAAUUAAUAUUAUGGACGCCAGAAGUGCAUUGAAUACCGGGCAAGAAUUCAUUGCCACAGCAACCUUCCUGACGAAAUCGGACACGCGAAAGACGGAGAGAAAAAAUAUCCAUAGACCAACCAGACCAAGUGUGAAACCUAAAAGCGUUCAAGUACCAACCUGUGUAUAUUGUAAGGGAGAGCACUCAAGUACAAACUGUGUAAAAAUUAAAGAUCGUGAACAGAGACUCAAUAUUGUAAAAGAAAAGCAGUUAUGUUUUAACUGUCUACGCAGUCACAAG